GUCGAUUAAGGAAUUGGCCGUUUUCGGUUCGCGAGAGGGCGUCGCGGCCGUCAUUUUUGCGGGUCCAGGUCCGUCGGUUUCGGUCCCAGGCCGUUUUCACUAAAGGGAGGUUUGCUUAAUCCGUAGCCAUUUUGGCUCAAGCAAGUUGUUUUGCCCUGUCCGUCACCAGGGCACAGGACCGGACAGUUGGCGCCAUGUCAAUUGCGGUGCCUGACCAAGAGGUGGGCACUGCUCUUUCAGUCCGUCCUGUUCGGUCAAUCGCCCAGUCAAUCCCGGACGACGUCGAUGGGGCGGACAGCGAAGAGAGCAGUUCGAGCGGAGAAAUUGAUUUACCAGUAGGCAAUGAGGAAGAGGGCGCAGAGGAGGACUAUUUUGGCAGGGUGCGCAGCAUGCCCCCGAUGGUGUGGGACGACGAUCUUCCAGAAGACCAUGGUAUCACCUCGAUGGAGGCAACCUUCAGCCUCAUCACAGCGAUUAUCGGCGCGGGCAUCAUGGCGUUGCCUCAGUUGCCGAAGACUGGUGGAAUAGUUGUCUCAACGGCUCUCAUGGUCGUGAGCACGUUCGCUACGAUGGAGGCUGGCAGCGCGUUCUUCCGCAGCACUAUGGCCAACAAUAUCGUUCUCAAGCGUGGCAUAAAGCUUACACACACGUACAUCCACAGCUACGAGGAUUAUGGCUUCGUUGCUUUUGGCGCGGCUGGUUCGAAUUUCAUCCGGGUCAUCACAGUCGGUUGGUUCAUAGGGUUGUGUUCUGGCUACGUGAUCUUGAUGGGACAAAACGUGCAGAACAUUUUGUGGCCCAUCAUCGAGUUGAACUAUCGGGUGUGGGUCCUUAUUCUGUUCCCAUUAUUGUGGCUUCUAUCAAUGAUGCGAGACUUGAGCGCCAUUGCGAAGUUGAUGCCGGUCGGUGUGGCGGCAGCAAUGGGGUCAUGCAUUCUGAUUAUCGUGAAAGGCAUCAUUGACAUUCGAAUUUGGCAAAGCGACGAUUUCUUGUCGCCAGAGGCCAACGCAACCGCAUCGACGAUUGCCGAAAUGCAACUUCACUACACGUGGCCAAGCGGAGAUUUCUUGUCGCUUGGGAGUUUGACGGCCACAGUAUUUGGUGCAGUUGCUUGCAUGGGCAACGUGCCAUCGGUCCUCGACGAAAUGAAAAACAAGCACAAGUUCAGGAGGUCUUUCAGAACUGCCCUACUCAUAGUCAUGGUGCUAUAUAUAGGGAUCAUGCUCAUUGCAUACCACGCAUAUGGGAAUUUCAUUCUGCCAAACAUUGUGGAUUCAAUGAAGUUCCAUCCGACGACAUGGGAGGAGUCUCAGACGGUUGAACCCAAGGACUGGACCGGAGCACAAUCGGUGUUGCUGCCAACAGCUAUGUCAUGUUGUGUGGUGAUUAAUCUCAUCAUCAGCUACCCAUUAAAUUUGGCUCCAGUGUUUAUUGCGUUCCAGGGCACCGAGUACGGAAAGCAGAAUAUGAAGGUGGGAAGCAAGAUGAACUACAUCAUGCGUACAUGCAUCGUCACCCUCACGGUUGCAAUCCCGCUCGCGGUCUCAGAUUUUAGUCUCGUUUUCAAUUUGUUCGCCAGUAUUUGCGGCCCUGUACAAGGUGUGUUGGCCCCAAUCUGGUUUGGUUUCCAGAUCCGCAAGAAGGUCCAUGCUCAGAAUUCUGGUUUUGCUCGCUUGAGUUGGCAUGGGUUUCUUUCAGCCAUAGGGUUUUUCUGUAUUGCUUUUGGGCUCACCGACUCUGUGCGUGCGCUCAUCGCAUCGUUCACAGAGUGAGUUCCAGCAGGGAAGAUACCGGAGCCACAUCCGAGAGGGGAUGGGGCAGAGCCGAGAGGGGACGGCGCGGCAGGGGCCAGGAUGGAACAUGGGGGUGCGGGUCGCCAGGCGUGCUCCAGAAUUCGUCUGGCACGGUCGCCGAGUGUUGCUGAGAUGGCGCGGCGCCUCGGCUGGGACGGGAGUGUAGCUUCCCCCGUGCACACACCACGUGGCCCUAGAAUUCGAGGUUCCACGUACGUCAUCUUCCCAAAGCAUGCUCGCGCACACGGCACAUUGUUUUGGGAGUUGCUCCCGCAGUGCCCCAGGACGCUUGCACACGCACACGAUGCAAGCGUUGUCUCGAAACGUCAGGCCGGCACGGCCCCACGCUGUCUGCCGAGCAGAGAUCGCAAGAGGAGGUCGAUUGUGGAGCCAACACCGCGCUAUCGCUCAUUCGGUCUUUCACGAUGCGAGCUCGGAGCUCCGCAACAGCACCGCUCGGCGGUUGGACGAGCGGAGGGGCGAGAACGCAGAGCACGCAUGAUGUACGGGGCAGAAGGGCUACAUGACAUGCAGUGUCGGCAACACGGCACGCACUGAAUUUGGCACGGACGCCGAGCGCGGCCGAAAGGUUGCGGCUCCUCGGUCGCGACGGGAGUGGAGCUCCCCCCGUGCACACAUUGAUCGUUCUUUCUCUAGGCGCCAGAUGCGUGUGAAUCUUAUUCGGGCAUGUUCCAAUCUCCCGCGUAAGCGCGGGGUGAUACCAGCAGAUGCCUUACGGUGUCGAGUGCUCCAGGCCCCAAUCGGUUAUGAAAAACUAAGGGGAGG